AGGAUCGAUUUCCAAUCUGUGAACAGAUCCGUGUGGUUUUUGUGAUUUCUAGGUCAUAUCCGAUGGGUACAAAUUCAGAGAAAACUCUUGCUCUUUCAGAACCGGAAUCAGGCUUACGAAUUCCUGCGCUCAACAUGAAUUUCAAUUUUAAUCCCUCAGACGUGGAGGACCUUGCCAAAAAACCAAAGUUCCAGAAAUUGCUUAAGAAAUUACUGGCUAAAGAGCCUGUUAAUGACGACGAGUGGCAGAGAUCUAUUCCAGUUAAACUGUUAAAAGAACAUAUACCUGGGUUCGACCUAGAACAGUACAUUGACGAAAUUCGUGAGAUGCGGAAGGAACCUGGAUAUAUCAAAGGGAAGGAGACGUUUUUUAACCGCCUUCAGGAUCCACCAAUGUCUGUUUGUCCCGUUGACGUGAACAAUCCAGCAGCACCGGACGCUUAGAGCUUUUACCGAGCUCACUGAUACAAUUCUGGUUUGAUGUUUUUUCUCAUGGUUGUAAUAAAUAUUACUAAAACUUUAUAUCUUCUCUGUAAAAGAUAUAUAAUCUUCCACCUUUCCAUUCGUUGGGGUCUCC